GUUUCCAAUCCCUCUCAUUCUCCCUAUAUCACUUCUCGGGUUCUCACUGUCACUUGAGAAUUCUUCCUCCCUUCAACACGGUUACUUUUAUAGGCGGCAGCCUUUUGUUACUCGAUUGAACUAUGGCGUCCAACCCCGAGAAGGAACCCGGUCCCUCUGAAACACCACCAGCUAGCAAUGGCAAUGGUAAUGGCACUGAUGAGCCAGAAAGAAGGAAGAGAGAGUACAGGGAUUUUGAACACGAAAAUGAGGGGCCUUCUCAUGCCAAAGUCGACAUGUCCACUAUUCAACUUCGCGCUGAGGACCUGUACGACAAAGAAAAGGUCGACUUGGAGACUAUUGUCGUAGAAGACGUUUUCAAGCUGUUGCAAUGCGAUGAAAACGGUCUAACCAAGGAUGAAGCAGCACAUCGUCUUGAGCUCUUUGGACCCAACAAGCUCGAAUCUGAGGAACAGAAUCCUUUCUUACAGUUCCUGGGAUUCAUGUGGAAUCCUCUUUCAUGGGUCAUGGAAGCAGCUUCUCUUGUUGCUAUUGUUCUUUCAAACGGUGAACACAGAGCUCCCGAUUGGCCUGAUUUCGUCGGAAUCAUCCUUCUUCUCUUCGUUAACUCCGCUAUUGGUUUCUACGAGGAACAUAACGCCGGUAAUGCCGUCAAAGCCCUCAUGGACUCUCUUGCUCCCAAGGCCAAGGUCAAGCGUGACGGCCAGUGGUCCGAGAUCGAGUCUGCGGAGUUAGUCCCCGGUGACAUGGUUUCAUUCAAGAUUGGUGACAUCGUUCCUGCCGAUUGUCGACUUACCGAGGCAAUCAACGUUUCCAUUGAUCAAGCUGCCCUUACUGGUGAAUCUCUCCCUCAGGCCAAGAAAACCGGGGACGAAUGUUUCUCUGGCUCCACUUGCAAACAAGGUGAAGCUGAAGGUGUCGUUAUUUCCACUGGUGCCAAUACCUUCUUCGGUCGUGCCGCCUCUCUCGUCGGUCAGGAUGACGACACUACCGGUCACUUGCAGAAGAUUCUAGCUCAGAUUGGAUCUUUCUGUUUGAUCGCUAUCGGUCUCUUCAUCGUGCUCGAAAUCGUCAUCCUCUACCCCAAAUUCCACUACACCUACCGUCGAGGCUUGGACAACAUCCUUGUCAUUUUGAUCGGUGGUAUCCCUAUUGCCAUGCCCACCGUCCUCUCCGUCACACUUGCCGUUGGUGCUCAGCAGCUCGCGAAGCACAAAGCAAUCGUUACUAGGAUCACGGCUAUCGAAGAGUUGGCAGGUGUCACUAUCUUGUGUUCUGACAAAACCGGUACACUCACUACGAACAAACUCACCAUCGACAAAGCCACUAUCAAGACCUAUGGUCCUUUCUCUGCGGACGAUGUCAUGCUCCUCGCUGCCUACGCUUCCCGUACAGAGAACCAGGACGCUAUCGAUGCUUCUGUCGUUUCUGCCAUCGGAGACACCUCGAGGGCUCGUGCUGGGAUCAAAUUGGUUGAUUUCAAGCCUUUCAACCCGGUUGAUAAGCGUACAGAGAUUACCUAUCGUGAGGAAUCGACUGGAAAACUUAAACGUGUCACCAAGGGUAUGACGGGUAUCAUCAUCGAGCUCUGCAAACGGAACAAGACGGAUGAUUUGGAGAACCGCCUAGAAGCUGAUGUAGAAGAGUAUGCAUCGAGAGGAUUGAGAGCACUCGCUGUCGCGUAUGAGGAACUCGAAGGUGAUGAUCACGAGGCUGAGGGUAACGGAUUCGAACUUAUUGGAUUAUUGGCCAUCUUUGAUCCUCCUCGCGAGGAUACAAAGAAGACCAUCGACGAUGCCAUCGCCCUCGGUGUCAAAGUCAAAAUGGUUACCGGUGACCAGCUUGCCAUCGCAAAGGAGACUGGCCGCCGUCUUGGUCUUGGUGAUCACAUGUACCCGGCCAAGGUUCUUAAAGACGGACCUGCACCUGGCAGUAAACACGCUUCUUUGGAUGAGAUGAUUCUUGAUGCUGAUGGAUUUGCGGGUGUGUUCCCUGAACACAAGUAUGAGAUCGUGAAGAGGUUACAGGGUCUUGGACAUCUCUGCGCCAUGACGGGUGAUGGUGCCAAUGACGCGCCUGCCUUGUCUCGUGCCAACGUCGGUAUUGCUGUGGAAGGUGCUACAGAUGCCGCUCGUGGUGCAGCUGAUAUUGUGUUGACGGAACCAGGUCUUUCAACAAUCGUUCAUGCUAUUCGUGGGUCCCGAAUCAUUUUCCAGCGAAUGAGGAACUACUCGAUUUACGCGUGUGCGGUUACGAUUCGUAUCGUCGUCUGCUUCGCUUUGCUUACGUUCGCGUACAACUUUGACUUCCCGCCUUUCAUGAUUCUGAUUAUCGCGUUGUUGAAUGAUGGGACGAUCAUGACACUUUCGGUGGACAGGGUGUUACCAUCGAAUACACCAGAUAGUUGGGAUCUUGCAGAGAUCUUUGCGUAUGCGGUUGCCUAUGGAAUCUACUUGACGAUGUCUACCAUCGCUCUCGUUAUCAUCAUCAUGGAAACUACCUUCUUCCAAGACAAGUUUGGCGUCUCCCUCGAAACUCCCUUCCCUAUCAAUCCCAACGACCCACAGUUACAUAUGAUUAUCUACCUCCAAGUCGCUAUCAUCUCCCAAGCUCUCAUCUUCGUCACCCGUUCACACGGAUUCUUCUUUAUGGAGAGACCAUCGCUUGCUUUGAUGUUGGCGUUCUGUGUCGCACAGUUAAUCUCAAGUAUCAUCGCUGCCUACGGAGACUGGGGAUUCACAAAAGUUAGAGGUAUCUCUGGAGGAUGGAUCGGUAUCGUUUGGGUUUGGAACAUUAUUUGGUUCUGGCCACUCGAUUGGAUCAAGUUUGCCAUGAAAGCGACUAUCAUCAAGUACCUUCGCAACCGUCAUGAAAGAGCAGUUCGUUCCACUCCUAAGAAUGAAGAUGGCGUCCCGAUUACGAGAACUCAAUCACGUGUUGCGUCGAUUCACGAGUCUUUGUAUUCGAAUCGUGUUGGCUUCCUCAGGAGGGCGGCUAGGAGAGUUGGUCUUGGAGGACGGGUAUCUAUUAAGCCAGAAGAGUUGACGAGGUUCAGCAGUCACCAAGCUCACAACGUUUCGCAGACUUUGGCGAGGCACCCGAGCAGAGGGAGUAGAACUUAAAAUGACAUGAGGGUGGGGUGAUGCAUUUGGAAAGGAAGGGGGUGGGGGUGUUGGGGUGUAGAAUCGGAGGAGGAGAAGGCGGAGAAAAAAACGGAUUAAUGAUAAUUUAGAUGUUUUGCUUUCGAGAUGCUUCAUAUACAUAAAUAUUGUCUUUUUUCUUGUGAUGUCCCGCUACGUUUUUCUUGUUGUAUACGAAUCAUUAGCUGCACUUAAUGACAUCCGUCUGAUAACUUAUACGUAUGGCGGAUAUGACGCCUUUUGCAUAAUACGGAUCUGACAGAGUUGGAGUU